UUCCCCUCCGUCACCGACUCAAAGACUGAAGAGCUUUCUUGAAGCAGUAGUCGAUCAACCUUCAGAGACCAAUCGCUUUCACAAACAUUUUGAAAAAAAAAAAAUCUUUGCAGACAAACCCAGGCGAAAACAUGGGAAAGGGCAAGAAAGCUCCUAAAUUUGCUAUUAUGAAGAAAGUCAUCACUUCCAAAGCCAUUAAAAAUUAUAAGGAGGAAGUUCUGAACCCUAAUAAGAAGGAUCUUAGCAAGGAAAAGCUCCCUAGAAAUGUGCCAAAUGUUUCGUCGGCGCUUUUCUUCAAACAUAACACUGCUUUGGGACCGCCUUAUCGCGUUUUGGUUGAUACCAACUUCAUCAAUUUCUCAAUCAAGAAUAAAUUGGAUCUGGAGAAAGGCAUGAUGGAUUGCUUAUAUGCAAAAUGCACUCCUUGCAUCACCGACUGUGUAAUUGCAGAGCUUGAGAAGUUAGGUCAAAAAUAUCGUGUAGCUCUAAGGAUUGCUAAGGACCCUCGUUUUGAGAGAUUACCCUGCUUUCACACGGGAACAUAUGUCGAUGACUGUGUUGUCGAAACAGUUACCCAGCAUAAAUGCUUCAUUGUUGCUACUUGUGAUCGGGAUUUGAAGAGAAGAAUCCGAAAGAUUCCUGGUGUGCCGAUCAUGUAUCUCUCUCGGCACAGGUAUUCAAUUGAGCGGUUGCCAGAGGCAACCAUUGGAGGAGCUCCAAGAUUUUGAUAAAUGGAUGUGAUCUUUCUGCACGAGGAAGACAAAAGGGAUGCAGCGGCAAAAGUAAGGGUUUGUUCUUUUGAGUGAAAAACUUAAAAAAAGACAACUCGAGUUACAACUUUAUUC